AUGCGCCGCCAAUCCACUCAUCGAUAUCACACCUUCCCGACACCGCCGCCCAAGACUCCUCGCGAGCAGUCCUCCGCCGAGCUUUUCGACCACUCCGACUCGGGCUCCAGCGCCUCCGACGAUGACAAAGAACAGACUCCCUUGCCGGUGCGCCAGCUGGCCCUGCUCGCCUUUCUCUCCCUCAGCGAGCAGACGGCCCUCAACUCCAUAGGACCCUAUUUGCCCCAGAUGGUCGAGUCCUUUUCAGACAUUCCGGACUCGCAGACGGGUCUGUACGUCGGCAUCCUGGCCUCGUCCUUUGCACUGGCGCAACUGUCGACGAACUUGUUGUGGGGAUACUUGUCCGAUGUAAUCGGGAGGAAACCGGUCAUGGUCGUGGGCACUUUCCUGCUCAUGUGCUGCUUCGUCGCGUUUGGCUUCUGUCGGACCUACUGGCAGAUCGUGCUUGUCCAUGUCUUCAUGGGCUUGUUGAACGGCAAUGCUGCCGUGGUACCGACCGUACUGGGCGAGGUCACGGAUCGCUCGAAUCAGAGCAGGGCUUUCACCUGGCUGCCUGUGAUCUAUUCGCUGGGAGGCAUCACAGGACCCGCGUUGGGCGGUUUGUUGGUUGGCAGCCUGGGGAAGAAAUACCCGUAUCUGGCGCCGAAUCUGCUCAGCGCUUCGCUGCUUCUUGUCAGCGUCAUCGUUGUCGGGAUCUGGUUUGAGGAGACCCUGGAAAGUCUCGAGCCCGACCACGCGGCCUGGAUUCCCACGUGGGCCCGGAACGCCUGGUCAUGGGCCCAAAGACAGACACAACCGAAGAGGAACUCUUGGGCCGCCCGCUGGCCCAGACGCGGCUCGCAAGUCGCGGUGAGCACCUCAGACGACGAGGACGACGAAGACGAGGCGGCCGAAGAUGAGGGACUGCUCAGCCCCAGAUCCGAAAAUGGGUCGGCGGCCGAAGACGGCAAGUCCCCGGGCGACCCCGCGACCUGGCGUGAGAUCCUGAACCGCAACACCAUUUUAGUCUUGUUGACGUAUCUGGUCUUCCAACUGUCCAACAUCUCUUACAACAGCUUAUACCCCAUCUUCGCCGAUGCAGACCCCCCGACCGGCCGUGGCCUGCCUCCAAGCAAGAUAGGCGUCAGCUUGAGUCUGGCUGGCGUGGCCACAAUCGUCUUCCAGGCUUUCAUCUUCCAGCCUGUCAAGACACGGCUAGGAAACCUAGGUAGCUACCGAAUCGCCCUGUUAGGGCUUGCCGUCAGCAUGGCUCUGAUGCCGUGGAUCGGGUAUCUGGACGAUGAACCGUACUUUGGCCUCGGCACCGGUUCCACCUGGCUUUACAUUGAGUUGGGCGCUAUUCUCAUCAUCAAGAACAUUUGCGCAGUGGGCGGGUUGUCAAGUGUGAUGUUAUUGAUCACCAACUGCGCUCCGAACCAUGCCACGCUCGGCACCCUGAACGGCAUCGCCCAGACAUUAUCCGCUGCCGGCCGCAGUUUCGGACCAUUCGUUUCCGGCGCACUUUUCACCUUGUCUACACGCGUCCACCCCAAAGGUGAAGCUCUCGCCUGGGGAAUUUUCGGAGGCAUCGCCCUACUAGGAUGGGUGGGUUCUCUGGCUAUUCGCAACCGUGGCCUCGAGAGUGGUGACUGGGUCGGCGAAGAAGAUGGCACCGAUGGCGAGACCGAGCCAUAG